AACAGCAGUACAAUACUAUCCUCGCCGGACCCCACCAUUGCACCAAUACUGGUACUGUUAUUAAAAAAAAUCAAGCCAAAAUGAUAUCGUCAACAAGAUUUUGUCUUCUGGCAUCAAUUGCCUGUCUCUGGAUGUUCUCUGCGACCGCCUUCGUGGCAGGACCUGCCGUCGCACGGAGGUCGGCACUCUUCAUGGCGGAAGGGGAAGAAGUCAAAUCGGCACCGAAGGUUUCCGGAGAAGAACUCGAAGUGAUGCUUCAGGAUUGGGAUACUCCGUUGGUCAUUGAUGCUUACGCUACGUGGUACGUAUCGGAUUGCAGCGCAGUGCAACACCCCUCUCGAUUCUUCGAAACUACGGGUGUUUGAAACAUCGGAAAUCCGAUUUCGACAAGGAGAAUGGAAAUAUUCUAAACCCGUUGAAGAUUCUUUAGCGCGACAAAGAUGGUGCAGUUUGCAGUGGGUCUGGUAGUGCUUUUUUGGUGAUCGGAAUCCAUCAAAGAGCGAGCAAGAAUCUCUUCAAAACUCAUCGAUUUUGUCGUUCCUCCUUUCAAUUUGUAUCCGAUCGUGACCGUAAUUUUUUGUUGUCGGUCGGUCGGAAACCAACACACAACCACCGCUUCGACCGCGAAAGGUGCGGCCCGUGCUUGCUGAUGAGCCCGGAAUUUGAGCAGGCCGCGAAGGAACUGGACGGAAAGGUCCGCUUCGUGAAGCUCGACACGGACGAAAACGAGGAGAUGGCGGCCCGCCUGGCCAUCAACGGUCUCCCGACGCUCCUCUUCCUGGACAAGUACACCCCCCCGGAGGGAAGCGACGAGGAAGCCUCGGCGAAGGAAGCCGGGGCCCAGGCCGUUCUGAAGGGGCGCAUCGAGGGUGCCCUCCAAAAACAAAACAUUCUCGAUUUCUGCAACUUCCACUUUUUCGACGGGCCGGAACCCAAGCUGUAAGAACACGGAUGCAGGGGAAUCGAAGGCAAUCCAGCAAAAACGCAACCACACCGAAAUAAAAAGAGCCAAGCAAA